AUGUGGAAAUAAUUCAAAAAUAUCAUUUUAGAUUAAAGAGUAGCUUCUAAAUAUACAGAAAUUCAGAAUGCUAAAUUGUUCAUUUCUAAUUCAAUCGAAUUUAACUUCAAUAUCAUAUAUGAUAUUAAUACCAUUUCAAAAUUUAGUUAUGUAUAAAAAAAAGCAUAACAUUCCAAAAAUCCAAUAUUGAUUAUAGGUAAGUCACAUCCAAUUUAGAAUUCAUUCACAUUAUUUGAAUAUACAACACUCUAUCCUCAAUUACUUGGAUUAUAUCAUAAUAAACUUCAUACUGAAACAACAGUGAAUGAAUAAACAUUAUUAAAAAAAGGAAUCAAUAUUCCCUUAACAGAUGAUCCUCAUUAAAUUAGUGGGAUAUAUGUUUUAGGAUUAGAGAAGAAUUGGGAAAUUUAAGCUCAAGUAACAACUUAUAAAAAAUAAAGGUUAUUUGUGAUCUUUUGAGCACAGAAAAUGGACUUAUUAAUGAUAAAUUUCAUUAAGUAGAUUAACACAUUCCACUUGAAUAUUUUUACAAUAUUGGAGAUAAAAAUAUGGAGAAUCAAUAAUUGGCAAUAGAAUCUACUUAUAAAUUAAUAUAUGGUUAGGAUGUAAAGAUGUCUAGAGUAAUUUCUGACUUUGACAUUCUGAUUGAUUAUGCAAAAUCUAUUAAAGAUACUCUUCUAUAUAUAAGUGAAGAUUCAAGUUUUAUUGUUAAUGAAAAAUAAAUAGAGAAAAUAUGA